UAUGAGCAACCUCAUAUUUACGGAAGUGAUGCACAGCAAUACAUGGACGUUUCGCUACUGCUCAGUCGCGCUUUAUUCUCUCUUUUAAGAUCUUAAUUAGACUAUUUUCGUUGAGCGCCAUGUGGGACCACGAGAUUCGAGCCAUGGUGAGCACCCACGCCAUCAUAGCCGCCUCGAUCCUCGUAGCCACUGUUGUACCUGCGGCGCUCGUCCCAGAUUUCUCUAUAUACGGUACCCACCUGGUGUGGCUCUACUCGGUGUCCGGUGCCGUUGUCGCCGUCAGCGUCGCCAUAUUCUGGCUUCUCGGCAUCUCGCCGCCGACCAAGAAGCAUUCCUUGGGAUACAAGCUGUCUAGGUUGUUUCGUUCCUGUUUGUACUUCUUUCUGUCCUGCUUGUUCUUCCACACCGUAGUGGUUCUCUACGGAGCUCCCCUGAUUGACUCAGCUUUGGAGACCUUUUCUCUAGCGGUGCUGUUGUCCUCUCUCACCACGGUUCGGUGUCUUUGUGUGCUUGGACCAAACGUCCAAGCUUGGAUCCGGGUCUUCAGUCGACACGGAGCAAUGUCUGUUUGGGACACUUGCCUCCAGAUCACGGUAGCCUUGACAGUGUUGGGUGCCUGGAUGGGAGCCUUCCCAAUACCUUUGGACUGGGACAAGCCUUGGCAGGUUUGGCCGAUAUCCUGCAGCCUGGGCGCCAUGUUGGGCUACCUGUCGGGCCUGGUGGUGGCGCCCAUGUGGAUUCAUUACAACCGUAAGCAGCUAACCUACAAGUGCAAAUGAUGGACAAGCCCGAUUUUCCAGUCACAGCAGGUGCAGUCCUUUCCCUUUUUCCUGCUAUUUAUUUGAAUUCCCGACGCCAAUGUGCUAUGAGCCACCUUGUUUUUGUAGUGUCAUUUUUACAUGAAUUAAAAAGCAUUGCUUUAGUCUUUGAA